AUGUCGAGGGUUACCAAGUGGAAGCUUGAGAAGACCAAACUAAAAGUGGUCUUUCGGCUUCAAUUUCAUGCAACUCAUAUUCCACAAAGUGGAUGGGAUAAGUUAUUUAUAUCUUUUAUCCCGGCAGACUCAGGAAAGGCAACUGCUAAGACCACAAAAGCGAAUGUCAGAAAUGGCACAUGUAAAUGGGCAGAUCCUAUUUACGAAACUACCAGGCUCCUACAGGAUGCUAAAACCAAACAUUAUGAUGAGAAGCUGUACAAACUUGUUGUGUCCAUGGGUUCUUCACGAGCUAGCAUCCUUGGUGAGGCUAUGAUAAACCUUGCUGAUUAUGCUGAUGCAUUGAAGCCUUCUGUAGCUGUGUUACCUCUUCAUGGAUGCAGUACUGGAACAACAUUACAUGUCACUGUGCAGCUUCUUACUUCUAAAACUGGGUUCAGAGAGUUUGAGCAGCAGAGGGAAACCAGAGAGAAGGGCUUGCAAACUGGUGAUAAGCACGACGAGAGUAGUCUUGCCAAGUCAGAUAAUACAACUGAAAAUGUGGAUAAGAUUGGUGCAAGGAUCAGAUCCAGAUCAGAUGCUAGGGAGCUUUCUUCAGUGGAAGAAGAAACUGGAAAUGAAGAAUCCGGAGACUUGGCUGUCGGUUUUGAUGGCUCAUCAAAUACAUCAGGAAGUUUAUAUGCAGAAAAGAUUGAUUCCUCCAGCGCGCAUGAAAUUGAUAGCCUGAAGAGUACAUUUUCCGGUGAUACAAAUGGUGGUUUGCAGUAUCAAAAUCCACAGAUGCAGAAAGUGGAUCCUUCUGACAGUCACAAUAUUGUGGGACUUGGGAUUCGUGAUUCAGUUCAGGGAUGGUGUUCAGCCUACCCCAUGAAUAAUGACUUGGCAAUGGCGUAUGAUGAGAAUAACAGGCUCAGAGGCAACUUGGAUUUUACAGAAUUAUCUAUUUUUGAUCUUAAGCUAGAGCUAAGCUCUUUGCAAAGCCAAGCUGAUGAAAUAGGUAUUCAAACACAGAAGUUUUCCCAUGUACUUGCCACUGAGAUUUCUUCAUAUCAAGACCUGUCAUCAGAGGUUGCUUUCCUGAAGUCAGAAUGUUAUAAAUACAAAGAUGAAAUUGAAAGGCUUAGAAAUUUAAAAGUAAGCCAUCAAAUUGCCAAUAGUGGUCAUUUUCGGCAUCAUCACCUGCUCCAGGACAUACAGGUUCAGUGGAUGAAAGGAAUCGUAGUUGUGGAGGACAUGACUAGAGAACUUCAAAGCAAGGUGUAUCUUGGUUUACAUGAAAGAGACUCUCCGUUUCUUCAUGCGGAGUUUGAGGCAUUGUUAAAUACUUUGCAAGAUCUCAAACGUGGAACAGGGGAAGCAAUUUCCUUGUUUAAUGUGGUCUCUGCUGAGAAGACUGACUUGAAAGAAAUAAGAGAAACUUCUCCACACAGGGUUGAUCAAUUUGGAUCUGGAACAGGGCUUGAACUUGAAGUAUGUGAGCCUGAAAUACUGCUUCGCAAUUUCAGCAUUCCACCACUCGUUUCUCAAGAAACGGAUUCUAUAGGUACUAUUGAUACCAUGAAAAAGCACAUUGUGGAUCUUGUAAGAGAGCUAGAUGGGGCUAAAACUGAGAAGGAAAGUCUCACAAGAAAAAUGGGACAGAUGGAAUGCUACUAUGAAGCUCUUAUUCAAGAGCUUGAAGAAAAUCAGAAGCAAAUGCUGAUAGAGUUACAAAAUAUCCGGAAUGAGCAUUCUACGUGCUUUUAUACACUUUCAACCAAUAAGGCCGAAAUGGAAUCAAUGCGCCAGGAUAUGAAUGAGCAGAUUUUACGUCUUGCAGACGAGCGCCAUGAUUUGGAUGCUCUCAACAAGGAGCUUGAGCGAAGGGCUACUACCUCAGAAGCAGCUCUGAGAAGAGCUCGCUUGAACUAUUCUAUUGCAGUAGGUAAAUUGCAAAAUGAUCUGGAGCUGCUUUCCUCACAAGUAGUGUCCAUGUUUGAGACUAAUGAGAAUCUUAUCAAGCAAGCUUUUUCAGAAACUUCCCAGCCUCCUUUUCUGGGAUAUAUGGAUCAAAUGCAUAAUCUUGAACUGUCUGAUGCUACAAGGGUCCAGCAGAGUAUGAAUCAAAAUGUGGGUCCACGAAAACAACAAGGUGGAGAUGUUCUUCGUCUAGAGGACUUGAAAAGAUCACUCUCUCUGCAGGAAGACCUUUAUCGGAAGGUUGAAGAAGAGCUUGUGGAAAUGCAUUGUGCAAACUUACAACUGGAUAUAUUCUCAAGGACUCUUAAGGAAGCAUUAAGUGAGGCUAUAUCUGACAUGAAGCUACUCAGAAUAGGUAUGGAUGAACUGGGGGAGAAUUUGAGUGUUUCAAAUACAUCCAAGGAUCUGUUGAUGGGAAAGCUGCAGGAUGCAAUUGAUGAUAUUCAUAUUCUCAGCGAGUACAAGAUCAGUUGCACUGCUGAAAAUAAUGAUCUGGCCAUGCAGAAUGAGUUUUUAAAAUCCAAAUUAGAAAACAUUUCAGUGGAAAAUUCGUUGCUUUUGGAGAAGGUUGCUGAUUGGGAAGCAAUUACAAUGGAAUGCAGAAAUUACGAGAGCCGUUAUGAGCUUUGUUUGGCUGAGAAAAAUGAGCUAUCAGUUCUACUGGAGCAGGAAGCUUCCGUAUCUAGCAAGCUUCAAAAUGAGAAUUCUCUUCUCAACCAAGAGUUGGCAACUACCAAAGGUGAACUUUCUGAACUGAAGUCUCUCAAAGAAAAUCUAGAGGGAACUGUCAGUUUUGUAGAAGAGAAACUGGGUAAUCUAUUGGCCUUUUGUGAUGAAACUCUGACAGGGCUUUCUCUAUCUCAUGAGAGACAGGUCCCUUUGGCAAAGACAAAAAGUUGCAAAGAUGUCGUCUUGCUAUUUGAAGAGAUCCAGCAUACUUCUUGUUCCAAGAUUCUCCAAUUAAUGGAGGAGAAUAGCAGUCUAGAAAAGGAGAGGCAAAACGCUGUUAUGUCCUUGAGUGCUACAAAAUCUGAAUUUCUGGCAGUAAAGCAGAUGUUCAAAAAUAAUAUACAGGAUAUGGUGUUUAAGUUGGAUGUCUCUAAUGCUGUGGUGGAAAAUCUUCAAGUUAAAUUUGAAACCUUCUCUAAUAGAAUGCUCAGUAGUUCUGAAGCUGAAGAAAAAUUUAUUGAGCAACAGAGAGAGCUAUUGGCUGAUCUUGAUUUUUUGGAACAUGAGCUUCAUAAUCUGAUGUCUAAAGAUGGACAUCUAGUUCAGGGGAUCUUGAGUAUGGAGGAUUUGGCUGCUGAAUGUGGAAGGAGUUCAUCAUAUGAAAGGAGUACUUCAACCAUUUCUGCUCUAAUACGAGAGAAGCAAGAGUUGGUCAUCACUUUACAGGAUAAAACUGUGGAAUCAGCCAAGCUUGCAUCUGAAGUUAGCCUUCUAAAAGAAGAUCUGGGAAGUGUGAACAAUGAGUUGAAUGCUGAGAGAGAUCUAAAAAGCAAGCUGGCAAGUAAAGUUGGAGAUCUUACUCAUCAGUUGAAUAGAGAACAAGAUAAAUUGCUUGAGUUUACUGAGCUAAAAGCUGAGCUGGAUAGUCUGAAGCAGCUGGUUGCAGACCUAGAGUUGGAGAACUCUAGGCUUUCGCAUCUUUUGUUUCAGUGCGAGAAAAAGCUUCAUGAGCAGUCCUCUUGUAUGAAUGGUAUUGAAAAUGACUUGUCAGAUAUGCAUGAAUCUUUAAUUUCUGCUGAUGUUACCGUUGUUUUUCUAAUAAGCAUGCACAAGAGCAGAAUGGAGGAACUAGGGCAGCGAGUUAGAUCUUCUGAUCAUGGUUUCAGUGAGCUUCUGAGGAAGUAUCAUGAUCUGGAAAAAUUGUUGCAAGUUUCUCUUGUUAAGGAAUCUUGUUUCACUAAAGAGAAAAUGCAUUUUGCUGAAAUAAAUGAAUCGCUAAGAUCAGAUUUGGAAGCCUCUGCUACCCAUAACAGAUUUCUUUCAAACGAGAAUAGUGCUAUCAGGGCUCAACUUGAGGAAUACAGGAUGAAGCUUAAAAAUCUGGAGGCCAAGAUGUCAAAGGAUAAAGAGCAGUAUACGCUUGAGCUGGAAUAUUUGGAAGACAAACUGAAAAAUGCAGAAGAAGAGACCCUGAGUUUAAUUUGUGCCAAGGAACAAUUGGAAAUCACCGUUCUCGUUCUGAAGGACAAAUUAGAUGAACAGUUUUCUUGUGUUAGUGUGCUGGAAGCAUGUCAACAUGAGCUUACAAAAAUGUGUGCCGCUAAUUCUGAACUUUCAGAUAAGCUCUCUCAGCAUGUUUUGAAGUCUGAAGAAGUCAGGAACAUCUCUAUGCUCAAUGAAAAGGCUUUCAAUGUUUGUGAUUUGAAGGUUGGAACACCAGAGGACAAAGAUCAGCGUGCCUUUGAGAUGGAGCAUUUAAGGAGCAAACUGGAAAAUGCUGAAGAAGAAGCAAACAAUCUGACAUUGAAUGACAUACAGUUGGAUAUCCUAACUAUAUUUUUAAGGAACAAGUUAGAUGAACAACUUACUUGUGCAAGGUUGAUAGAAGAACGUGAGAGUGAGCUGAUGGCUUUACGUGCUGCUAAUGAUGAGCUUUCAGACAAGCUCACUAAGCAGGCCUUGAAAACUGAGGAACUAAAGAACUUGUCUAUCCGUUUGAAGGAGCUCAAAGACAAGGCUGAGGCUGAAUGUGUUAUUUCUAAGGAAAACCGAGAAGCUCAAGAACCUCCUGUUGCCUUACAAGAAUCUUUGCGCAUGGCCUUCAUCAAGGAGCAGUAUGAGACCAAGAUCCAAGAGCUGAAGCAACAAGUUGCCAUCUCCAAAAGACAUGGCGAGGAGAUGCUAAUGAAAUUACAAGAUGCUGUAGAUGAGAUUGAAAAUAGGAAAAGGUCUGAAGCUUUGUAUUCAAAGAAAAAUGAAGAACUGGCACUCAAACUUUUGGCAUUAGAUGAUGAACUGCAGUCAGUGCUUUCUGAUAGCCGGGAAAAGGCCAAAGCCUGUGACCGAAUGAAGGCAGAGCUGGAAUGUGCACUCCUAAGCUUUGAAUGUUGCAAGGAAGAAAAGGAAAAACUUCAGAUUGCUCUGCAACAGAGUGAGAAGGAAAAUAGUAGAAUCUCUGCUGAACUUGUUUUGACAAAACAACAGGCAGAGGGUGUUGGGUCUUUGGAAAUUGCUUCAGAGGAAGAAUUAAUUUCGAUGAAAAGAGUUGAUCUUCUGCACAAUGAUCACUCCAGAGAUUCCUUCCCAAAUCCUGCUUGCCAUGAGAAUUUGUUGUACCAGGAAGCAGAAGACCUGAAUCUGGCAUUAAAUACCCGAACUAUUCAGGAUGAUUCAGUGGAAAAAGAUGUGUGUGCAACUCCAGAACAUGCAGUUCCUGAAGCGGUCUCACCGCCAGAACAUGUUGAGCAGAACAGUUACCUUCUUCACACUGCUAGCUUAAGGUCCAGCAUUAAUCAUCUGCAUGAAGAGUUAGAAAGAAUGAAGAAAGAGAAUUCCCUGUUUCCUGAUGAUGUCCAUUUUGACUCGGACUGCCAUGAUCUGCAGAAUGAGCUCAUGCGCUUGGAAAAGGCCAAUGCGGAACUGAGAAGCAUCUUUCCUUUGUAUAAUGAAAUUUCAACUGGUGGAAAUGCCCUGGAAAGGGUACUUGCUCUGGAAAUUGAGCUUGCUGAAGCGCUGAGAGCAAAACAUAAAUCCCAACUUAAUUUCCAAAGUUCUUUCAUAAAACAACAUAGUGAUGAGGAAGCUAUACUGAAAAGUUUUAGAGAUAUCAAUGAGCUGAUCAAAGAAUUGUUAGAAGUGAAAGGAAGAUAUGCAGCUGUGGAAGCUGAAUUGAAAGAUAUGCAUGACCGUUACUCGGAUCUAAGCCUCAAGUUUGCCGAGGUUGAAGGCGAUAGACAAAAGAUCAAGAUGACCCUGAAAAAUGUUCGAGCAUCCAGAAAAGUUUUGCAUCUGAAUAGGUCAUCAUCAACCACUAGUGCAGAUGUUUCAUCCUAA